UUUCAGUCCGGAAGAUAUUUCAGCACGCGUGCUUAGAUGUUUUGAUAAAUACUUGUUGUCUGUAUUUUUGUAUUCUUUGCUUCCAUGAAAGACCAUGGAAGGGUUACAUAAGCCUAUCGUCCGUUUUGAUAGGAGCAGUAGGCUCAAGAUAUACAUAUCUGCUCAGAAAUGGAUUUGCGUUUUUAGUUUGUGUUUCAUUUUCUCCCAUCACGUUGGUGCAAACAGGCACAAUGUUGUUUUCAUCAUGGCUGAUGAUUUAAGACCAACAUUAGGAUGCUAUGGGGAUCCUGUUGUAAAGUCACCAAACAUUGAUCAACUUGCCUCUAAAAGCAAUGUCUUUCAAAAUGCUUAUGCCCAGCAAGCAGUGUGUGCACCAAGUCGGACCUCCUUAUUAACAAGUCGUAGACCUGACACAACCAGGUUAUAUGACUUUAAUUCCUACUGGAGAGUCCAUGCAGGGAACUACACAACUCUUCCUCAGUACUUUAAGUCAAAGGGCUACACUACUAUGUCAGUUGGGAAAGUUUUUCAUCCAGGCAUAGCCUCCAAUCACUCGGAUGAUUACCCGUACAGCUGGUCUGUACCUCCUUAUCAUCCUCCUUCUUUCAAGUAUGAAAAUAGGAAGGUUUGCCUGGGCAGUGAUGGCAGACUGCAUGCCAACCUGCUGUGCUCGGUGAAUGUGUCAGAAACACCUCUAGGGACACUUCCAGACAUGGAGAGCACUGAGGAAGCCAUCAGACUGCUCAAGUCCACAAGGGAUUCUGACAAACGCUUCUUUCUUGCUGUUGGAUUCCACAAACCUCACAUUCCCUUCAGAAUCCCACAGGAGUUCUUAACGCUCUAUCCCCUCGAUGAGAUGACACUGGCUCCAGACCCUGAUGUUCCUGAAGGCCUCCCCCCUGUGGCCUACAAUCCCUGGACUGAUAUUAGGAAAAGGGAGGAUGUGCAAGCGCUAAACAUCAGCUUCCCAUAUGGGCCAAUCCCAAAAGAAUUCCAGCUUCAGAUCCGCCAGCAUUAUUAUGCCUCUGUGUCGUACGUUGACUCCCAAGUGGGAAGGUUGUUGAAUACUCUGGAUGAUCUAGGCUUGGCCGAGGACACCGUUGUGGUCUUCACUUCUGACCAUGGAUGGUCACUUGGUGAGCAUGGGGAAUGGGCCAAAUACAGCAACUUUGAUGUGGCCACUCGUGUGCCCCUGAUGUUCUAUGUACCUGGGGUGACGGCAGUCCGGCUGAGGCCAGGGCAGAAGAUGUUUCCCUACAUGGAUGUGUUUGGCCCUACCCCGCAUCACUUUACACAAGGGGGAAUAGUGAGGAACGUGAACGAGCUGCUGGAUAUCUUCCCUACCUUGUCCUACGUGGCCGGACUGAAGCCCCCACACCCCUGCCCUGACACCUCCUUCAACGUGGAGCUUUGCACUGAGGGCCAAAACCUGGCGUACGCCUUCAAGCGCCGCGAUGACAGCAGGGACUCUGAGGCCGUUGCCUGCAGCCAGUACCCGCGGCCCUCAGACACCCCCCAGGAGAAUUCCGACUUGCCUGACCUGAAGGACAUCCGGGUAAUGGGCUACUCUUUGCGCUCGUGGGACUACCGCUUCACUCUGUGGGUGGGCUUUGACCCUGCUAGCUUCCAGGCUAACCUGUCGGACGUGCAUGGUGGGGAGCUGUACCUCCUAGAGGGAGAUCCGGGCCAGGACCACAAUGUGUAUAACGGCUUUGAGCACAGCCAGCUUUUCUACAAGCUGAACCAGAGCCUUCGGCUGCCCGGGGCCCAGGCCCUCAAACAACAUCUUCUCUAUCUCACUGACGGGACUAAAUCUAAAGGGAUAGCAUGAUUCUUUGUUGGGAUAAUGAACUAUUUAUAAGGGAAUAUCUGUUUCUAUGUUAAUAAGGGAUGUUUUCUGUCUAGACAUGUGCCUAAGUGAAAAGAUUAUGAUUCACUAUUUCAUUGGGACUUUUUUUCCAUUAGAACAUUCUGGUGUUAUGGUUUCUGUAAAAUACACUCUACAGUACAGGUGUUUCGGUGCAGUUAUUCUUAGCGUUUCAUGUUUGUGGUUAAAUGACAACAGUGCUAGAUUAGUACGUGACUGUACUCCAUGGAACUCAAGAUAACUCCCACUGCUUCCUGUUCACUGGUCAUCAGUUUGUGACCUGUACAGUUAGUUUUGCAAGCAUCAAGAUCGGUAUCUUAUGGCACUGUGAAGAAAACAAUUUCAAUUGUGAAACGUUCUGUAUCAUAACCUGUCACCUAGGGAAAAUGGAUGGAACAUGACUUAUAUUGGCUUCUGAUCAUUGGCCAAUGUUGUGAAUGUUGCUGUGACCAUGGAGUGCUGUACUGUAAAACCAUCCAGUUGCAUGCCCUGCCUGUAGAAAUGUUAUAUUUAUUAGCACUAUGUAUAGAUACAAAUGUUCAAAUUAAAGUUAUGU